GAUCUCUUCGGUGUGGUACCUGCCAAGAAGCAACAGGAAAAACCCCCAGAAGGGAAAGCAAAGCAGUCGGAGCCACUCAAGAAAGCGUCCAGCAUAUUGUUCAGCAGCGAUGAGGAGGAACAUUGGAAUGUGUCCAAGCCUGCUAAACUUCCUUCUGAAGAUGACCAAAAAGAGGACCCUGCAAAACCAGCUAGCACUGUCAGUCAGGCUAAAGCUGUGAAGAAGAUGAGCCUCUUUGAGGAACAGGAUGAAGAGGAUUUAUUUGCAAUCACUAAAGACAGCCAAAGAAAGCCACAGAAAGUAUCAUUGUUGUUUGAAGAUGAUGCUAUUAAUGGAGAAUCGCUCUUCAGCUCCCAAUCAAUGCUACUUCCUUCAGAUGCUAAGGCUGCAGAGGAGAAAAUAAAACCAGCACAGGCACCGCCUUUCUUUACUGAAGAAGAAAAGGAGGAAAAAGAAGAUCUGACAGAUAGAGCAGCAAAGUCUAACCAGGUAGAAGAUACAUUGUGGUGUUUAGAAGAGCCUGGAGCAGUUCCUGCGCCUAGAGGAACAGAUGUUGCAGGGCAGCAAACAGAGGAAAAAGUUCAGCCUUCUGCAGCAACAUCCUUACAGCCAGCCAGCAGUUCAGGUCUGUUUACAACAUCACCACCAGCUCUGGAGAAAGAUGUCAAGACCCAAGCUAAGAAAGUGUUAAGCUUGUUUGAGGAGGAGGAAGAGGAGAGACUGGACAAUGACGAUGGCAUUAAAAAUGCACAGACAGAAAUUGUUGUGGCUUCUGAGAAAAGUACUCGGCCCAAAAGCACUGGAGUCUUUCAAGACGAAGAGCUCCUCUUCAGUCACAAACUUCAGAAGGACAAUGAUCCAGAUGUUGACCUCUUUGCCAGCCCCAAAAAGUCGAUCUCUGCGAACGAUAUCCUGAAGCCAUCAUCUGGAGGAGGGCUUUUUGAGGAUGACGAUGAGGAUGAUCUCUUCAGUACCACUAAAACAAACUUGCUGAAAAUAGCUGAGAAGAAAACACUUAAGACCAGUACUGGCCCUUCCUUGGAGAGCAGUAACCUUCUAGAAAGUGCUUUAAGUGCCAAACAAGAUGAAGCUUUGAAGGCAGUGUCUAUGGAGAAAUCUACAGGUCCUGUUCCCAUUAAAACUAAAGAGCCCUCAUCUCGGAUUGGAAAGCUACAAGCUAACUUAGCUAUUAACCCUGCAGCCUUACUACCUGGUGCAAUGCCUAAAGUCUCCAAUGUAAGGUCCCCCUUACCAAUUCUGGACACUUCAUUGCAUGAGCCCAAGGAUGUACAGAACAGCGAAGCCUUCUGUGCUGCAGGAAACAAUGAAGAACUGGGUGUAAGCUUUGAUCAGCCUAUGCAAGCGGAUACCUUGCACAGUGCCAAUAAGACCAGGAUCAAGGUUACAGGAAAACGAAGACCUCAGAGCAGAAUGGCCCGUCGUCUAGCUGCCCAAGAGUCUGAAGAGAAUGAGGAGGUGGACAGUGCUAAAGAAUCACAAUUUUCUCUACCAAAACAGACUUCAGUAGUAGUGAACAUAAAGGAGCCUCUUGCUACUGAAGCAGAGUCCAAGGAAAAUGGCUUUCUCUCUGGCUUGUCACUACCAGCUCACAGCAGUGUUUUGUCUGCUGGGACAAACAAACUCCUUCCUCCAGAAUCCACAGACCAAGGGGAUGAUCUGUUUGAAUCGGAAGACCUUUUUGCAAGCAGCUCAACAUCCAGACCAGCUGCACAAUCCAAGUUAAAGGUAGGGAUGCCAGACAGUGUGGCUAACAAACCCAUCAAGGGCAGAGAGAAAAAGCCUGAUCUGUCUGUUCUGGGUGAUCAGGACAGCAAUGAUCUCUUCCAGCCUGUAGAGCAAAAAUCUUCAACAAAAAGCACCCCUAUACCUUUUUUGGAGGAAGAGGAAGAUUCUCUCUUCACUUGUCAGAAAACUGGAAAAAAGGAGUUGAAAUCUGCUGUCUGGCAAGCUGUUGACCCUACUGUCCAAGAUAUCUUUGAGGAUGAUAUAUUUGCUACUGAGGCAAUUAAACCAAUGAACAAAGCAAAAGAGAAAAUGCCAGAGACUAACCUGUUUGACGAUAACAUUGAUAUUUUUGCGGAUCUCACCAUAAAACCAAAAGAAAAGAAGACCAAGAAAAAGGCAGAACAAAAAUCCAUAUUUGAUGAUGAUAUGGAUGAUAUCUUCUCUAGCAGCCAAGUCAAGAUACCCACUCCCAAAAGCAGAUCUUCGCAAGCAGCCUCGGAAGCAAAAUCUGAAAGCAAGACACUGAGCACAUUUGAUGACCCGCUGAAUGCCUUUGGACGUCAGUAGCCAAGUGGAGUGUGUUGCAGAGAGGACACCUUCCUUAUGCCCUGUCCAGUACUAAUACUGUGGAUUCUCUAAUUCAGUAGAGCUGAAAUGAGAUUGCUGUGGAUAUUUAAAUGAGAUUACCCAUUUAAAAUGGUUAGUAUUCUCUUGUGGUGAGUCUAAUUGUGCUAAAUGAUAUAUUUUUAAAAAAAAGACAGUAACCUCCUGCUAUCUUGUUUCUAUGGUGCCCAGAUGAAUAUAGCCUGUGCAAUCCCUGCAAUGAAGUAAUCUAUUAUGCAAAGUAUAGUUUGUUUUAUUGAACAGAUCUGUAGAGAAAAUAAUUGAUAAAUAGUAAAUGGUGUCUGUUAAAC